CCUUUCCUGGCUCGUGCUUAGGCUCUGAGAUCUCCAUUCAAAUUGUGUGGUUAAGGCACAGUUUCAAGAAGGCUCGAGCGAGAGCGGUGUUGAUGUGCUCUAGUCCAGUAAACCACAACCACAUAGCUAUCCACCGACCCAAUGGAACCAUUGCCUCUCGACGUGAAGGUCGAUGGAUAAAUACUCGAGAAGGGGUGUUGGUGCAUUGAAAGAGCUCGUCCAUUGACAGAUGAGACAACUCGUUGCCGCCAUUGGGAUGCAGUUCUGUCCACGUGCCUCAUGAUGUCUCUGUCGGUGGAUCUAAACAAUGGAGGAGAUGCCUCGGAAGUGACCAAGGCCACCAAUAUAGUAGAUGACCAUCCCAUGGCUAACUGGACAUUAUUUCCAUGUGGCGCCAACGCCACCGAGGAAGGGCUGGUGGUGGAUCCCAGUGCAUGGCCAAAUGAUCAGCAAAUGUGUGGCAAUUGGGUGGUAGGAUAUGGCUCAACGCGCUCACAGCAGUUGCAACAUCCCGAGUUUGAGCACAUUUCACUUUUCUUGCUCUUGCUCUCGUUCUGUUUGGCAACCGUGGUGGGCAAUAUUCUCGUGGUGUUAGCUGUUCUCCGAGAACGUUCGCUUCACACGGCCACUAAUUACUUCAUUACGUCCUUGGCAGUGGCCGAUUGUCUGGUGGGUCUUGUGGUGAUGCCCUUCUCGGCUGCUUACGAGGCCAUGGACCAGCAAUGGGUUUUUGGCCCUGACUUAUGCGACGCUUGGCACUCGCUCGACGUCCUGGCAUCCACUGCCUCCAUUUUGAACUUGUGCGUGAUUUCAUUAGAUCGCUAUUGGGCCAUUACAGAUCCGAUGUCCUAUCCGUUUCGCAUGUCCAACACGCGGGCUUCAUUGCUAAUCCUAUUGGUCUGGGUGUGCAGUUCGGCCAUUUCGUUCCCGGCCAUCGCCUGGUGGCGGGCCACGGCCACGGGUCCUCCACCCCCGUGGCAAUGUCCAUUCACGGAGGACACCGGCUACCUGGUGUUCUCGUCCAUCGUCUCAUUUUAUGGUCCAUUGGCUGUGAUGGUGUUCACGUAUUUCAGGAUCUAUCGGGCCGCUCUGAAGCAUACCAAGAGCCUUAAAUCGGGAUGCAAAGUGGUCGGGCAAAACGGAGAGAUGACCAUUCGAAUUCAUAAAGGUGGAGGAGGAGCGUCCACCGCGGCCGCAGGGGCCGCAGUGGCGGUCGUGGCCUCGCAGGGAGGUCAGCUCCUGAAGAAAGGUCAUUCUCCUCCGUCGGAUUCCUUUAAGCCCCAUGACAUGGAGAACUCGGCUAUGGCCAUCACGAAUGGUUUCAAAAACUUGAUUGUGACAAAUCAAAAGAAGAAUUUCUUCUCCAAGAAGAUCUCUCAAUUCGCCAAGGAGAAAAAAGCGGCAAAGACCUUGGGCACGGUGAUGGGGGUCUUCAUCAUCUGUUGGCUGCCCUUCUUCUUGACCAACGUGAUAUCCGGCAUUUGUUUGGAUUGCAUCCCAGCCAUUGUCUUUCAAGUGGUCAACUGGUUGGGUUGGAUCAACUCAAGCAUGAACCCAGUCAUUUACGCCUGCUUCAGUCGGGACUUCAGGAGGGCGUUUGCCAGUAUAAUCUGUUGCUGUUGUUGUCAUACACGGAAGAAUAGCCGCGGCAAUUCAAAUCGAUCGUUUGGCCAUUCCGGAGAUGAUGAAUUGAGCCAUUCCAAAGUCACAAAUUUUAGAAACUUGAACGAUUUCUUAAGGCGAUCCUGUUGCACUUGUAGCCGGAGAGCCAAAACCAAUCAUCCGAUUACGGGUUCCAUUCCGACUGAAGAGAUUCUUCCAAAAGACAGCUCCAAGAGCUCAAAUGCAUUGCAACAGCACAGCAACCACCACGUGUCCCCUAUUCCAUUGGAGAGACUCUUGUCAGAUGAGGCCGCAGCGCCCUCUUUGAGGCAGAAUUCCAAAUCCCUGUCCUUCCAAUCCCCUUCCCCGGCCAAAAGUUGUCCUCGUCAUCGAGCUUCAUCUUGUCGAACCAGAAGCAAAGCUUCUCGUCCUGUCAUCUACACGUUUCACAAUGAUGUUUGGUGGAUGGAACCAUAUCAAGGCCAAUCCAGGCCAAAUUCCAUAUCCAGGAACCCUCUGCUCGGCCUUGAUCCUAGUCGGAGUACCUUAUCUUUCGCCAGAAACAGUCUGUACUCGAUCCCCCCACCGAAUUUCAACCCUCAGCAGAGCUCGGAAAAACUCGUGUGAAAAAGACACAAACACCCAAUGCAAUCUAAAUUAAAGUUAUUGAUGCAAAACCAGAGUAUUUUCUUGACUCAAUUGGAUUGAUAUAUAUACCUUCAAGGAGUUAAAAUGGCGAAUAAACCCGAUAAUUCAGUACAACCUA